AUGGGUUCCACCGGCGAGGAGACGCAGAUCACGUGCAAGUUCGUGACGCGCCUGCCGGAGAAGUACCGAAUCUCCCCGACGCCGUUCGCGGUCCCGGGGAAGCUCACGCGCUACGGGCUCUCCGAGGUCAUCAACCACCUCCUCGCGCUCGACCCGCCGAAGCCGUUCGACUUCCUCGUCGACGGCGAGCUCGUGCGCACGUCGCUCGAGAAACUCCUCCUCCGCAAGGGCGUCUCCGCGGAGAGCACGCUCGAGGUCGAGUACAUCCCCGCGGUCGGUCCGCCCAGCGAGGAGGCGACCGGGAAACACGACGACUGGGUCGCCGGCGUGUGCGGGUCCUGGGGCGGCGCGAUCGCGACGGCGUCCUACGACGGCACGACGCGACUCUACUCGCCGAAAGGAAAGCAUCUCGUCACGCUCGACGGCCACGCCCAGCCCGUCGUCGCGGUGACGCUGCUUCCGCCGACGGAGGACGACGGUAACGGCUGCGUCGUCGUCAGCGGCGGGCACGAUUGCGUCGUGCGCGCGUGGGACGUCGUCGUCGACGCCAAGGGAGACUCCGCGAAGCACGUCGGGUCGUCGCGGGUGUUCGUGGGGCACGAGGGGACGAUCACCUCGGUCGCCGCGUCCCCGGACGGCGUGUGCUUCGCGUCGGGGUCGUACGACAAGACGGCGCGCGUGUGGGCGCGAACCCGGUCCGUGUUCGAGGCGCUCGGGAUUCCGGACCCGAACGACGCGAAGAAGAAGCCGGCGGAGGAGGAGGAGGAGGAGGAGGAGGAGCUCCCCGCGGGUGUCGUCGUCCUGAGAGGGCACACGGACGCGGUCACCGCCGUCGCGUGGGAGAGCGUGGACGUCGUCUGGACGGGCAGCAUGGAUCACUCGUUGAAGUCGUUCGACGCGGACGCGGGGACGUGCGUGCAGACGUAUGCCGCGCCGAAGUGCGUCAUGGGGCUGGCCGUCAGGGCCGGGGGAGGGAUGCUCGCGUGGUGUGGCGGCGGGGACAGGAUGGUGCACUUUUGGGAUCCGCGCGUCGGGAACGCGACGGGCGCGACGACGAGCUUGGCGUCUCACACGGAGAUGGUCGUCAGCGUCGCGUGGUGCCCCGGGAGCGAGUACCAGCUCGCGUCCACGGCGUACGACGGCAACGUCAAGCUGUGGGACAUUCGCGGGAAACUCCCGCUGCACACGGUGAAGGCGCACCCGGGGAAACCGCACACGGCGCGCGCGCUGUGCGUGGAUUACCACGGCCCGAACCGCGUCGUGUCCGGCGGGAUCGACGGUCGGUUGCGCAUCUUCAAGGUCGACAACGAAGACCGCGCUUCAUGA